UGACUUUGCUCUGCACCCACAGGGGUAGGAUCCAGUGCAGCUGCCGGUUGUUCCUCACUCUUAGCUCUGCCGUCAUGAUUUGCCAUUUAAGCAUGAAAGACACUAAGAAGAGGCCAGGAGUAAAAACCUCGGCAGUUCAUCUCCUGAAAAAAGGGGUAAGGAAAUGGACGGUUGCGUCUGAGUCUGGACUCUGUAAAGUCCAGUCCCCGUCUCAGACAAUCCAGGCAAAAGUAAUCGAUGUCAGCUGGUGUGGAUCCUUUGCCUUUGACAACGACCUGAUACGGGACAGCAAACUCUACACUACGUACAAGAUUAUCAUGUCAGCUGGAGCCACAUCGUGGACUGUGGUCAAGCAAUUUUCAGACUUCCUUGCACUGCACUCUGCGAUAAAGAAGAAAUAUCCCAAUUUCCAGAUGAGAAUUCCUGCCAAGAAGUUGUUCAAAAACAACAAUACUCCAGCUUUCAUAAAACAACGAAAGAUCGGCUUGAAUGAUUUCAUACAGAAGUUGGUGUCCAACCCUCAGAUCUGCCAACACCCUGAUGUCCGUGCUUUCUUACAAAUUGACCAAAACCAGCCACAGGAAACAGAUGCCUAUUCUGAUUCAACUAUUGGAUCAGAUGAAUUUGACCUUUCACCAUCAAAUAGUGUGAAGCCAUCAGACUUUGAUUACCUUCGAAUAAUUGGCAAAGGGAGUUUUGGAAAGGUGCUGCUUGCCAAGCACAAAGAAACGGAAAAAUAUUUUGCAGUGAAGGUUCUGCAGAAGAAGGUGGUCCUAAAGAAGAAAGAGCAAAAACACAUAAUGGCAGAGCGCAGUGUGCUCCUGAAGAACGUGAAGCACCCGUUCCUAGUGGGACUCCAUUACUCCUUCCAAACUGCUGACAAGCUCUACUUUGUCCUCGACUAUGUGAAUGGUGGUGAACUGUUCUACCACCUUCAGCGGGAACAUGUGUUCCUGGAGCCUCGAGCCAGGUUCUACGCUGCUGAGGUUGCCAGUGCCCUGGGUUACCUGCACGCCCUGAACAUUGUUUACAGAGACCUGAAGCCUGAAAACAUUCUGCUGGAUUCUGAGGGCCACAUUGUCCUCACAGACUUCGGGCUGUGCAAAGAAGGGGUGGAACCUGAUGGAACUACCUCCACAUUCUGUGGCACCCCAGAGUAUUUGGCUCCUGAGGUGUUACAGAAGCAAGCUUAUGACCGAACAGUUGACUGGUGGUGCCUGGGAUCUGUGUUGUAUGAAAUGCUGUAUGGAUUGCCCCCAUUUUACAGUCGAAACAUGGCUGAGAUGUACAACAACAUCCUUCACAAGCCCCUGCUCCUAAAACCCAAUGUGUCGAACUCUGCCCAGGAUCUCCUUCAAGGUCUGCUGCAAAAGGACAAAGCACAGCGACUGGGGGCCAAGAAUGAUUUUUUGGAGCUGAAGUUCCAUUCGUUCUUCUCAACAAUUAACUGGGAUGAUCUCAUGGCCAGGAAAAUAGCUCCUCCGUUUGUCCCUACAGUGUCCGGACCCACUGACCUGCAGCACUUUGACCCUGAAUUUACACAGCAGCCAGUUCCGAACUCUGUGGCAAACUCCCCCGAAGAUGUUCCAUUUACAGCCAGCAUGCGAGAGGCUGCUGAGGCAUUCCUUGGUUUCUCCUAUGUGCCUCCUGUAGAUACCUAUCUAUAAUGCCAAGGAGUUUGGCACUUUAAAAAAAAAUUGACAAAUGGCUGAGGUUCAAACCUGCACACUGUGCACCUUAUUCUUCAUGCACAAGUUGUCCCCCCAUCUCUCAGUGAAGAGAAUUUUUCUUUCUCUAGGGACACAUUCCUCUGGAUGUUGUGUGGAGUACCUAACAGUCAAGAUCAUUGCCAAAUGUCAAUUUUUAAUUUUCCUUCAGCUUUUUCACUUUGCAGUAAAGUCUUGAGACAGACUUUCCAAUCGUUAGGCAACCAAAAUGCCUUCAGAGCCAGCCCUUGUGACAGGGAGCUGUCUUGGGCACUCCUUGCAAUCUGCACCACUACCACGACUCCAGUUUCUAAUGAGAAAGUCAGCUCAUACAGAAGAGGCCGAGGGGAAAUGUUGUACAUGUGAAGUGAUUUAUGGCAUCCGGAGCAACUGAUGCUGCUACUUACUGGGAGCAACUGCAAGAUCUAUCUCUCCCAUUACCUGAAAUUGCCAAGAUGCCACAUUCCACGAAGGAUCUGAACUGUGGUCUUAAUGGUCGUGCAGUUGGGACCAUUGGGAACAUUAACCUCUCAGCAGCAGAAGUAAUGCUUUUGUGAACAUUGAGCUGUUUUGGCAGAGUAUGGACUGAAGAUAUUUUGUUUCCAUUCUAAGUUGAGCUUUUCCCAACUAAUCUUUCAAUGUGAACCCUUAGCCCAUGACUUGUUGUCUCUACUUCAAAAUGAAAUGUACCAGUCCUUCAGCUAAGUGAAUUGUUAUUUAUGAAUCAUUUAAUGUUUGUAUUUGAUAUUUGAAGCCCAGUCUGAUCAGGGGUAUCAACAGCAUGGCUGGAGGAAAAAGACUUGAUCAGAACAGAGUUGCUGGGUGAGUAGAUUAUUCAUAAAAGCCAUUUGGCUUUUAGGAGAAAGAAAAGACUUGUGGUGGUCGCACAUUUUUACCACAGCCAAAGCUUCUAAAUGGAACAGUGUUACAUUUGGGGUGAGGUAGGAAACCCUCCCCACCUUGCUGAUUUAAAAAGUAGGGGGGAAAAGAAGGAAUGAAGUGGUUCCAUCACAAUCCAUUAAAAAUGAGAUUGCUGGAGAUGAAGUUGAGGAUCUGAGGAUUUACUCUUCCUCGAGGUGGAAGUAAACCAAUCCCAGGCUAUCUUCAGAUAUGCCAACUACUGCUGUUUAAGCUAUGAGAUAUUCAGUGCACAAUGUUAAUAACUGGAUUGAUAUUUCUUUCACAUUUGGAAGAUAUUUCUGUAUCUACAAACAUUUUAGAUGUUUAAGGGGCAUGGUACAUAUCUUAGAUUUUUGAGAAUUUAUUUUUUUUAAGAUCUCAGCUUGUACUGAAUUUGACAAUGUACUGUAUUUGCCACCUGCUGUUUCAGUAAUGUUGCUAGUGUUACAAACUGGAAGAUGGAUUUGGAAUUGUUACUAGAACGUCACUAAUGUGCAGCUAUGUUUGUGGCUACUUGAAUGAUGUCAAGAAUCAUCAGGAAAGCAGAUUUUCACCUACUUAACAUUAAACCCAAAGCAUUUCAGUUAGAAAUGUAGUCAGAGGAUUAAAUGUUUUAAGUAAGCCAGCAACCCUCCCUGCAAUCUCCAUAUUAACUAUAGCAUCCAACAGAAGCCUGUUGUCUGGUACUGGAAUGCCAACCAACUGUGUAGAAACCGUAAACUUAUUCAUGCAUCAAAGUUCUUGUUCUAAAUCAGAAAUCAAAUUUAAAGCCUAUUUAGGUUAGGUUUUCAUGCAUGGAUUUAUGAAGAUUUGCCUGACCUUGUGUUUAGAAAAAAAUACUUAAUACAAAAAUGAAUUGUUGUACUAAUAAAAUAAAUCUGUAGUUAUGUUGUGUAUACAUUUGCAGUGCAAGAUCAGACCAUCUGUUGGUGUUAUUGACAUAACUGCAUCCUAUUUCUAAAUCAAGAAAAUGUUGAAUAAAUAAAAAUGCUUAUUUCCACAGUGGGUUUUUUUUAUUUU